CCUCAUCCCGAAACUAUUAAUUAUCUACAAUGAAUAGUGAAUAGAAACUACAUACGUCUGGACAUGUUUUAAAUAGAAACGCCAUGUGUGAUAACUGUUUUAUCGCUGUUUGUUUGUUUAAUCCGGUGUAUGAUUUAAAUUACAUGGUUGCUAAAUGUCCAACUACAUUUUCUUGUGUACUGUAGUGUAGUCAUUUUCAAAGCGACUUGUUUUGGCCAGAGGAUUUCACAUGGCGUUUAUCAGUCAUACUAUAGGGAGGCAUACGUUAGGAUAUUGGCUGUAUUUCAUGAUCUGUUUUUUGUUUAGUUUUAUUGUGUUUUUUUUUUAUCUCUUAGGUAAUUCGUGUAUUUUGUUAUUGGAAUAGCCACUUUAAUGGUAUUUUUUUCUCUGACAGACAUUAACCAGAAAUGUACAUUUUGAAUCAUGUUAUUUUAAUUAUUUGUUAAUUUAUUGCAGUUACUGGCAAGAGUGAGUUUGAUCAAAGUAGGGAGGAGGUUAAAACAAAUUGAAGGAAAAAAGUAGGAAGAUGUUUUCCGUUUCGAUCUAAUGCAGCGUUAAUUAUGAUUCCGAUAAAAUAGUGAUGUUUAAUACGCGUAUAUAAAUAUAAUUGCAAUUACCAAUUUAAUUUCUUAAACCUUCGAUUAAAAUCAACCAGCAAUACUUGAUUUUGACUCAAAGGGCCGCUGUGUAUCAAGGAUGCUUCGAUUUUGCACUUUUGUGCCCCACAUCCACCCACCCACAGCAACUCCUAGACGAGAGAAAGAAAGGAUUUUAUUUCGCAUAGGAUUUACGUGCGCAGUGUUGAAAGAGUCUUUUACAUAUUUGUAAACGGGCUUACGGUGGAUUUACACUCGUUGCGAGGAUAUUAAUACUGGAUCGCAUUGUUCUUUCUGAGGAUCUCAGGCGUCGCGGAGAAAAUGGCAGUGAUGUGGCACACAGUAUUGUUUUUCAUCCUCCUUUCUUCUCGCUCCGUGCUCGGGCAAGUCAGCUACUCCAUGACGGAGGAAAUGCCAAAAGGUUCAGUAAUUGGAAAUAUUGCUCAGGAUUUGGGUCUGGAUGUAAAAAGGUUAAAUUCUGGGAAAGCACGAAUUCAUACAGUGGAUAGCACGGAAUACAUCGCGCUGAAUAAAGAAAGAGGAAUGCUCCUUAUAAAAGAAAAAAUAGAUCGAGAGACGCUUUGCGCAACAAAGACUCCGUGCGCUCUACAUAUUCAAAUGAUUCUUGAAAACCCGAUGGAAUUGUAUACAAUAACUAUCGAAAUCACGGACACUAAUGAUAAUGCGCCAUUGUUCCAGACGGAGGAAAUCAGGAUUGAAAUAAGCGAGGCGGCUGUACCGGGAGCGAGAUUCAUGUUAGAGAGAGCAAUGGAUGCUGACGUCGGUACUAACGGCCUUCAGAGCUACUCACUUAAACCGACAGAUCAUUUUGCUUUAGAACUGGAAACUCAUGGAGACGGAGGUAAAAAUGUAGAAAUGGUUUUACAAAAACCACUCGAUAAAGAAAAGAAGGAAAGGCUUACAUUGUUAUUAACAGCGAUGGAUGGAGGUGAACCGGUUCUGUCUGGUACUGUACAGAUACACGUGACUGUUCUAGAUGUAAAUGAUAACGCUCCUGUCUUUACACAAAAAAUAUAUAAAGCCUCAAUAAUCGAAAACUCACCAAAAGGUACUAAAUUGACAACCGUGAGCGCAUCUGAUGCUGAUGAAGGAACAAACGGACAGGUGACUUAUUACAUUUCAAACACAGAUAAGAGUGUGAAAGAUGUGUUUAACCUAAAUGAAGAUGAUGGCGAAAUAACACUAAAAGGACACAUCGACUAUGAAACUAAAAGCAAUUAUCAACUUGACAUUCAAGCCAGGGACCAAGGCGGUCUCUCGGACUCAUGCAAGAUAAUUGUUGAUGUCUUGGACAUAAACGACAAUAAACCAACUCUUUCUAUUCUAUCCAUGGCUAGCUCCAUAACAGAAAACUCGCUAACAGGAAAUAUAGUUGCAAUGAUUAACGUAAAUGACCCAGACUCGGAAGCAAAUGGCAAAGUUCAGUGUGAAAUCAGUGAUAAUAUUCCAUUUACUAUCACAUCUCCAUCUAACACAGUUUUUGCACUGCGCACAGAUCAGGAAUUGGAUAGAGAGAGAGAAGCUGAGUAUAAUAUCACCGUGACUUGCUCUGAUGAGGGAGUUCCCUCACUUUCCAGCAGCACUUCUCUCCGUUUACACAUAUCAGAUGUAAAUGACAACGCGCCUGUGUUUGAGAGAAAGAAUUACGAGGCCUAUGUUGUGGAGAACAACACACCAGGUCUCUCUAUAUUCACAGUGAAGGCCAGUGAUGCAGACUCCAAGCAGAAUGCUCGAGUUUCUUAUAUUUUAGAAGAGAGCACUGUCAAUGGAGUUCCUGUGUCAUCAUAUGUGUCAGUCAGUGCCGAUAGUGGAGUCAUUAAUGCAGUGCGCUCUUUCGACUACGAGCAGUUAAAGGACUUCCAUUUCCGCGUCAGAGCGCAGGACGGAGGCUCCCCUCCACUCAGUAGUAACGUGACAGUAAAAAUUACAAUCCAAGAUCAGAAUGACAACGUGCCUCAGGUUCUCUAUCCAGUACCGACUGGUGGCUCUGUGGUGGCUGAGAUUGUGCCUCGUUCAGCAGAUGUCGGCUAUCUGGUCACUAAAGUGGUGGCUGUUGAUGUGGACUCUGGACAGAAUGCCUGGCUCUCCUACAAACUCCAGAAAGCCACAGACAGGGCGCUGUUUGAAGUGGGAGCGCAGAAUGGAGAGAUACGAACUGUGCGCCAGGUCACUGAUAAAGAUGCUGUCAAACAAAAACUCACUGUAAUUGUGGAGGAUAACGGACAGCCAUCUCGCUCAGCUGUAGUGAACAUCAAUGUAGCUGUAGCGGACACUUUCCCUGAAGUGCUCUCAGAAUUCACCGACUUUACGCACACCAAACAAUAUAACGAUGACCUCACCUUUUAUUUAAUUUUAGCAUUAGCUGCUGUUUCUUUCCUUUUCAUCACAACUUUAGUAGUUAUAAUAUCAGUAAAGAUCUACAGGUGGAGACAAUCGCGCGUCUUCCAUCACUCCAAUCUCCCAGUUAUUCCGUACUAUCCACCCGGUUACGCAGACACAGGAGUUACUGGAACUCUGCCGCACAUGUAUAAUUAUGAUGCUUGUAUGACGACUGACUCGAGGAAGAGUGGCUGUAAAUAUUCUACACUUGGAGGACAAAGUGUUUUAGUGAUGGACCCGAGAUUUACAGAGACUAUGCAGCGCGUAAUGAAGGAAAAUAAUCUUUUGGAUGAGGCUGAUUCUCCAGAGUUGGUAAGGGCUUGUUUAUAG